CUCACUCACACUUUACUAAUACUAACACUCUUGCUGCUUCCACACACCACGCAGUCCUCAAACCUUGGUAUAUUUCCAAUUAACUCAUUACAUCGAACAUAGCAAGAUGCCUACCUGGGGUCGUGGAGGUGCAGGCAACAUCGUAACGGAGGAGCAGAUCAAAGAGCAAAACAGGAGGGCCGCCGAGGACAUUGAGGCCAACCAAACUCUCACCAAGUCUGCCGCACCCCCGGCGCAUUCGGAAGAACCGCAGAACGCACAGCAGCAGCAAUCACCCGCUGAUUACGCACACAUGGGUCGCGGCGGCGCAGGGAACUGGUACCAACCCACCUCCCUCCGCACAAACGGCACCUUCUCCACCACCCCCGACUCCACCGCUGCGCCAGCACCGACCAGCAAGCCCAACGUCUCGACGCCCUGGCAUCCCGAUACUCAGGAGCUUCCCGUGGCACGCGCGGGACGGGGCGGAGCAGGGAAUUUCGUGUGGAAGGGAGACGAUGUGGAAGCGGAGAGGAAGAGGCUAGAAGAGGAGGAAAAGAAGGGAGACGCUGUGAAGGAGGGCGUGGAGAGAGAUGUCGAGAUUGGUCUGCAGAAGCCUGGUGCGGUGGUUUUUGGAGGAGAGAAGAGGGGGAGGGGUUGGUGAGGUUAGGUGCAACGCUUUAGGGCGAACGAGAUGGGACAAGAGAGGCUUUUAGAAUACAUGCAAGACUCUGGGAGUAGGAUAGAGUUGUCAUACUCUGCAAUUCGUUCGCGUUCCAUGCUUCCUUGGAAU